AUGCCUUCAGUCGUGCUAUCGCUGCUUGUUUCAGCGGCCGCGCUGAGUAUCUACGGAGUGGCAACGGUCAUCUACAAUCUCUUCUUCCAUCCCUUACGCCGCUAUCCGGGGCCUAAGCUAUGGGCAGCUACGCCUCUGCCCGCAGCCAUCAGCAUCCUCCGAGGCACUCCUCACCUAACCAUUCUGGAACUGCAUAAGCGCUACGGCGACGUCGUUCGCGUGGGACCCAACGAGCUGGCACUUGCGCACGCCGAUGCAUGGAAAGAUGUCUGCGGACAUCUUAAGCGCGGACAAGACGAGAAUCGGAAAGACCCAAAGUACGGCAACGAAGAAAUGGAUAAGAGCCUUAUCUCGGCAUCGCGAGGGAGACACGGGCCCGCACGACGACUUCUGUCUCACGCGUUCUCUGCUCGCGCAAUGGCGGAGCAACAGCCCCUGAUGGACAGAUGGAUCAGCCUCUUCAUCCAAAGAGUACACGAACACAGCAAAGGUGGAACAGUGGCCAUGGAUGCCUCCAAGUGGUUCGAGUGGACGACGUUUGAUAUUAUUGGGGAUCUGGCUUUUGGAGAACCCUUUGGAUGUUUGCAAAACUCCGCCUCGCAUCCAUGGGUGGAUAGCUUCUUCGCGUCUAUGAAGAUCAUUCCGUGGAUCCAGGCCAUUAGCGACUUUCCUCUCUUCUCCGUGUUGAAACCUCUCUACUUUAUCCUCUUUGUUCCCAAGGAUGUGUUGAAGCAACGGGCUUUAAGCCAGGUCAUGGCCGAGGAGAACCUAAAGAAACGGCUUGCUAUUGGAGGUGACCGACCAGACUUUGUUCAAGCUUUGUUGAAAAGCGGCGAGAAACACGAAAUGUCCCCAAUCGAGAUGAGGGACAACAUGGUCCUUCUCACGACAGCCGGCUCCGAGACAACUGCAACUACUCUCGCGGCGACCACAUACUUCCUCGGCAAGCAUCCCGAAAUUCUCUCCAAGCUGAAAGCUGAAGUACGCUCGGCAUUCAAGAGCGAGCAAGACAUUGAUGUCAACAGCGUCCAGAGCCUCCCUUACAUGCUUGCUAUCCUCAAAGAGUCUAUGCGAGUUUAUCCUGCUGUCGCUGUUGCCUUGUUGCGUCAGACGCCUCCGAGCGGCGCGCAGAUUGCCGGUAACUGGGUAAAUGGAGGGACGACUCUGGGUAUCUGGCAGUAUGCUGCAUAUCACGAUCCCACCAAGUUUCUUUACCCGGACGCGUUCAUCCCGGAGCGUUGGCUGGAUGAUAAGCGCUUUGAUGGCGAUCAGAAGAACUUGCAUCAGCCGUUUUCUUACGGCCCUCGCAAUUGCUUAGGCAUGAAGUAUGUUUUCUAG